AUGGCUUCCACCCACACAUUGUUCAACCUCGACCCGGAGCAUAUAUCAUGCAUCAGUGGACGAACAGUAGUCACAUGCAAGAGCUGCGCCGGGAAUGCCCCAAGCUGCAACGGCCGCGGCUUUAACAUCUUCGUUUGCGCACACUGUAACCCCGCAGCUGCAGCUGCCGCCGCAAGAGCCAUGGCAAACCCCACAUCUGCAUCAGCGAUAACUCCCGGCUCAACUGCGCCCUCGUCGCCCGGCUCCCUGAGCCGCAGCUCCUCCACUUCUUACCCCUCACAUCCGGAUCCGAGAUCGAGAUCCUAUGGCAGAUAUGGGGAUCGGGAUGGUCCGAGCUGUGGGAAGAUUGAUACUGAUGCUAAUCGCUCGCGCAAUCCGUGA